AUGGGUGUCACUUGCACACGCGAAAAGAACGUUGUUUCCUCGUCAGCGGUGAUACGUUUCCGCCUCACUCGCCGGUGCAGCCACGUGGAAAGCACGGGGAGCCCUAACAACCUCACAAGGGAAACCUCUCGCCGUCCCAGGCCAGCCACGCGUGCCAGAGCUGAUGCGUGUAUUGGGUGCGACAACUCUUCUGAGGCUCUGCGUGCGGUGGAAUCGGUUACCCUGCCUCUCCCAGAGCCGAUAGAAGCCCUGCUUCUGCCGUCUUGUGCAGAGAGGCUGUCCUCGUACCGAAACCGCUGCCACGGAAGCACUGCAAAAACCACUGUACCACCCACUUUUCUCGUCGCAGAGACAUCGACGGCCAGGAGGUAUUCCAUGUACCGCAUCCCUGACGACGACAACAACGGCUACACUCUGGUGCCCUUCAAGUCCAUGUACUGUCUACCGCGGACGACGGAAUUAGAGCCUGACAACUUCCGCGCGAUGGUGACUCACUCCCACGCCGCCGCAGCAGAGGCGCCGAGCCCGGAAACGGCUGCAUACAAUCCGAAGGGCGACAACGGUGGGGAGAACAAAGAGGCCGCAUCACAGGAGACGGUGUCGCGCAAGGCGUUUGGGACGGCUGCCAGGCCCUUUUCCAGGCAUUCGCUCAGGGCCCUGCGGCGCGGCUUUUCCUUUGGCGUCGUGUCCGACUGCGCUGAUGACUUGGCGGGGGGGCACGCGGACGAAUUGUCGUGCGUGUCGAGCGUCGAAUCCGGGCUCGCGCGGGAGCCGGAUAUCUACACCGACUCGACGUCGUGUUGGGAGGUCUCUUCGAUAUUUCCGCGGGCGACAACCGGCACAGAAGCGGAUGAGAGUUCCAGCACCGUGCUCACCAGCCAGAGCACGCUGUCGCGGCGGCAUACCUUUGGUGUCAUGAUGCCGACAGGCCAUAGCCAAGUAGUAGAACACACGGAGGACGGCGGCGCCUGGGAGCCGGCGCUCGCCUCCCCUAGUGUGUGCCUUGAUGCGCGUCGCUCAUGGCAGAAGCAGAAGAGCUCCAUGACCGUCGCGAAUGUCACGGAGGAGGAGGAGGUGCAAGGAGGCGCCUUCCCUCUGCAGGACCGCCACCACCAACACCGUCGUCACGUCGGCAGGCACUGUCACUUGGCGAGGGCGGUCGCGGCGGUGCCGCCACACGCCCCAUCACACAUCCGAUCGAAAGUCGGCAGGCAGUGGCCGCAGCCCAUCAUGGAAGGGCCCAAAAGCAACCUUUCACGCAGUCGUCCUUUCAACGUGGAGGCAACGCUGGGCUACUCGGCGCGAAGUGCCUGUUUUGUGCCAUCCCCCGACUGGGAGCGCGUCUGCGGGAAUGAGGAAGAGAAGCUGCGACUAGCACAGGUCCUCGCGGCUCAUCAGCAGCGUCUAAAGAAGUGGAAGCGCGCGCAGGCGGCACGCUGGAACGCCCUCAGCCUAUGA